AUUAAUAUAUGGGCAAACGUUUUUAAUUUAUUUUAAAAAAUGUUAGAUACUGAAAUAACUAUUGAUUAUGGUUGGAAUUCUGAAUCCAGCAUCAACAGCAACAGCAACAAUGAGCAAACGCAAAAGCCCAAGAAGAAGUCCAAUGAUGCUGACAACUUGUCAAAAAAAACAACUUCAUCAAAAGUAAUUCAAGGUGCAUCAACUCCAAGGUCAAUACAUCAAUUGCCUAUUGAUAAACCUCUAGAUGAAGCUACAAGACUACAAGCAGCUGAAGGUGCUGUAGCCUAUCACAAAAUAUAUCACCAUCAAAUUCAUCAAUUAAGGCAUUGUACAAGUGAAAUUACACCUUUAACUUACAUGAAUUCUUUAAUAUCACAAAAAAUAUCUUGUAAACACAACAAGUCAGAAGCAAUAAUAAAUGAUAUUCUCUCAGUUCAUGCAAUAGACACAAUAAUAACAGAUAUUAAAAAUAUUCCAUUCAUAAGUCUUGCAACUGAUAGUAAUUAUUAUGGCUCUAAAAAAAUUUCUCCAAUUGUAAUACAAUAUUUUGAUGUUAAAAAAGGAGGAAUUCAAGUAAGGCUUCUUGAUGUAGCAUCAAUAGUAGAUGAUGAUGAUGAACUAAUUGCCAGUAAAAUUGAUAAUCUUCUUGAAAAAUAUAAUUUAAAAACAAAAACCAUUGCUUUUUCUGGUGACAAUAUCAACACUCAUUUUGCUGCCAACGAUUGUCAAAAUGAUAAUAAUAUUUUUGAAUUAUUAAAGACAAAUUUAAAUCCAAAUUUAGUUGGUAUUUGUUGUCCAAUUCACAUAUUGCAUAAUGCUGCUUCAUGUGGUCUUGACCAGUUUGGUCUUUAUGACAUAAAUUCACUCAUUCAGCAAAUGUAUAUUUAUUUUUCAAUGUACAAUGUGAGAAAUGAAAAACUAAAAAGUUUGAUUAAAUCUUUAGAAAUUUUACAAAAAAAAUUAAUUCAUAAUUAUAAAACAAGAUGGAUGUGGUUGUAUCCAGUGAUUCAUAGGAUUCACUCAAAUUUUACGGUUUUAAAACUUAUUUUUGUAUCAAAACAAAAUACCUCAAUCGUUGUAUGAUUUUUCAUCAACUGAUGGUCAAUGUUAUGUGGAGUUUUUGUAUUCAUUCUUGUAUACUUUUCAUGAAAAAAAUGAAACUUGAGAAAGAAGAUAACAGCAUGCUGGAAGUCAUGAAUAUAAUUAAAGCUGUUACUGUUAAUUUAAAAGAAAAAAUAGAAGCUAAAUAUAUGCUAUUGAGUAUCAAAAAAGCAGUGGCAGAAGCAUUUGAGGAAAUUUUUAAAUCGUUGGGAGCAGAAAGAAAUAAAGAAACGAGUUUCAAUAAAUUUGAUGAAAAAAUUGUAUGUGUUUAUAAAACAAGUCUUGAAUAUUUAUUAGAAAAAACAAAAAAUUUCACUGAAUUAAAA